GGGCGGCCGGCGGUGGCUGAGGUCCUAGCCGGCGCGCGGGCAAGGCAGGCGGAGUCGCGGCUGGCGAGCCUGGAGGAUGCUGCUGUCCCUGGUGCUCCACACGUACUCUAUGGGCUACCUGCUCCCGGGCAUCUUGUUGCUGGGCUCAGCGCCCACCUACCUACUGGCCUGGACGCUGUGGCGGGUGCUGUCCGCGCUGCUGCCCACACGCCUGUACCAGAGCGUGGACGACCGGCUAUACUGCAUCUACCAGAACAUGGUGCUCUUCUUCUUCGAGAACUACACCGGGGUCCAGAUAUUGCUAUAUGGAGAUUUGCCAAAAAAUAAAGAAAAUGUAAUAUAUUUAGCAAAUCAUCAAUGCACAGUUGACUGGAUUGUUGCGGACAUGCUGGCCGCCCGGCAGAAUGCCCUUGGACAUGUGCGCUAUGUGCUGAAAGACGGGUUAAGAUGGCUUCCACUGUAUGGGUUCUACUUCGCUCAGCAUGGAGGAAUUUUUGUAAAACGAAGUGCCAAUUUUAAUGAAAAAGAAAUGAGAAAGAAGCUGCAGAGCUACGUGAACGCAGGAACACCAAUGUAUCUUGUGAUUUUCCCAGAGGGAACACGGUAUAGUGUAUCACAGACAAAACUCCUCUCAGCCAGUCAGGCAUUUGCUGCUCAGCGGGGCCUUCCAGUAUUAAAGCAUGUGCUGACACCAAGGGUAAAGGCCACCCACGUUGCUUUUGAUUCUAUGAAGAGUCAUUUAGAUGCAAUAUAUGAUGUCACCGUGGUUUACGAAGGGAAUGAGAAGAGGCCAGGAGAAAAGACAGACUCACCAUCCAUGACUGAGUUCCUCUGCAAACAGUGCCCAAAACUUCAUAUCCACUUUGAUCGUAUAGACAAAAGUGAAGUCCCAGAGGAGCAAGAACACAUGAAAAAAUGGCUUCAUGAACGUUUUGAGAUAAAAGAUAAGUUGCUCAUAGAAUUCUAUGACUCACCAGAUCCAGAAAGAAGAAACAAAUUUCCUGGGGAAAGUGUUCAUUCCAGACUAAGUGUCAAGAAGACUUUGCCGUCAGUGUUAAUCUUAGGGAGUUUGACUGUAGUCAUGCUCAUGACGGAGUCGGGACGGAGACUCUAUGUGGGCACCUGGUUGUAUGGAACCAUCCUUAGCUGCCUGUGGUGUGUUAUUAAAACGUAGGCAAGUAGCAAGCUCCAGCCAUCAUCUCUAACUGAUGCCUACACAUCACAUCACAUUGUUUCCUGAACUAAGUAAGAAGUUCUUUAAAGCCUUGUUGAUUGGACACUGGGUAAAAUAGAAUUUGUGACCACAGCCAUGCAGUUGAUUUGGAGCAAACACACAUGGCUUUUCAGGUGCUGGGGUUGCUGGAUACAUGGAAGCUAAAUGGAGUUUAUGCUAUUUUUUAUGUUCUUUAUGAAUUAAUAUUCACUUGUGAAGAUUAUUUGGAUUGUAUGAUUUGAUGUUUGUAAUUCAGGUGGUUGUAUUCUAACAUUAGUUCAUAGCAUGUUACACUAUUUUGGUUAUCUCCCAUUUUGACUACUUGGCAGCUCAAACUCUUAAUACUAAAGUAUUUUAUAUUUUGAAGCUAUAUAAUACUGAGUUUUUGUUAAUUUCUGAAAGUCAAUGAAAGACACUUUGUCAAUGUCUUUCACAAGUCAGUGAUGUGUUGAUGUUCAGAGGAGAAGGUGAGAAAUAUUCAUGGUGAAAAAAGAUCUGUCUAGUAUAUAUUUUUAUUAUAGUGCCCUAUUUAGCUAAUUUUCUUUAUAUUUGCAAAAUAAUGAAUAUUUCUAAUAUUUAUUAAAAUGCUUAAUUUGCAUACCCCCUAUUCUACAGAGAAUAAUGUGUAAAGUGUCAGAAUGGAAGUGCAGCUCUGAGAUGACUCUGCCUCAUUUGGCAGAGCUGUAAGUAGCGCAGCUUCUGAGCUACUCUGUUAGUACCUCCCAGCACCUAUGCUGUUAAGUGCUUCUAGACGUAAGGGUCUCUGUUAUUUUCAUAUCAGGAUGGGCAUCCACUGAGUUCUGAGGUGAUGGAAGUUGGCCAGCAUCCUGACUCUGUCCUAGCACGUGCCUUUUGCCUGGCUCCCUUUGCUCUGUCACUGCAUUUGGUCUGGGGCAUGUGUGCCCAUGACUGCUUGCUGCUUGUUUCAGCCUUGGCUCUCUGGCUUAGUGUCUGUCCAGUGGUGCUGUUCAUUGUUGGGGCGCAGGUAGUGCUGCCCUUGCUCAGAGGGCCGUUUCUCUGACUCCUGAGGGUGAGCCUCCUUGGCUACUGCAGCAGCAUUUUGCAUUCAUUUAUGGCAAGAAACAUCAGGAUUGUGUAAAUUUAUUAUUUCUCUUUACUUUUUAUGGAGCCGCGCUGUGGGUACAUAUCACCUGUGAA